AUGAAGACCUUCACCCUCGCCAUCCUCCUCUCAGCCGCCGCCACCGUCCUAGCCGACGACCCCCUCCUCGCAUGCGGCUACGCACUCGUCAACGAUGGCUGGUACAACCAGCGAGACCUCGCCCUCGCAGCCUGCGGACGCGAAGAUACCUGUUCCGGCAAGGAAUGGAACACCAUCUUUGAAAUUAUUCCCAUGUCUUCGGGCCCGGCGUCGUGGUAUGAGAUGAAGUCGAGGGGGGUGUUUUGUGAUAAGGGGUGCUGGGGGGAUAUUGAGAGGUGGGAGGCGCAGUGCCAUUGA